AUGUAUGUGAUCGUGUAUUUGGUGCUGUUGAUUUCUGUAGGAAGUUUGACUGCCCAAAACGUGACAGAUAUCCUGAAGGGCGUCGCCACUUAUAAGGAUUGCUUCAAUACCAAGGACCCAGCGAGCUGUCUGAAGGAAAAGGCGUUAGCAGCCUUAAAUGAAACCAUCAUGGACGAUCGGCCCAUUGUGGUGGGCUUCAUGGAGAUACAAAAGAAUCCCAACUACUUUGCGGAGAAGAAUGGUACGGAGGUCAUACCUGAGGAAGGAUCGGGCAGGAGUAUCCUGCUCAGCAACGCAUUGGUAGAUAAGAUCAUGGAGUUUGUCAAGUCCAGAACAGUCAGAGUCAACUUGAAUAAUGCUUUCGAAGCUCGGAAGAAAGGUGGUGGCGGCGGCGGCGGAGGCGGCAAAGGAGGCGGCAAGGGCAUGAUGAUGGUUGCUGCAGGCAUGGCGGCGGUCGCUGUGAACAUGAUGAUGGGCAAGAUGAUGGUGAUGGCCGGAUCGGCAUUGAUGAUCGCCAAGAUAGCGCUGCUGCUCUCCAUCAUCAUGAUCAUCAAGAAGAUGCAAGAGAAGGGUGGCGGGGAAGAGAAGCACGUGGUGUACGCUGACUCAGGUCAUGGAGGGGGCGGAGGAGGCGGUGGAGGCUAUGGAGGAGGAGGCGGAUGGCAUCGAAGCAUCGACGACCCGCAGAACAUGGUGUACAAGCAGUGGGCGCAGGCAGCCAGCUCAACGGAAAAUGGCUCAGGUUUAUAA